GAGAGAGAGAGAAAGAAGAAGAAGAAGAAGAAGCUAUUUGAAGAAGAAAAGGAAACAGAGAAAUAACCAAACCCUAGGAGAGGAGAGGAAUCAUUUUUUCAAUUUUGGAGUUUCAAUAAUUCCACUUUUCGCAUUGCAUUUCGAGAUCUGGAUUCCUUGUUCCAUCCAUCAAAAGACUUAUUGUGCCUCAGCUAUGGCUAAUUCAAAGGGGUCGACUAAUGUUAGAAAUUUGAUGUACUCUGGAAAACAUGCUUUGCUUCCUCCUAAAAGUCCAUUUCCCAGUGUUUCGCCGUCAUAUGCCGAUUACAUUCUUAGUCCUGCGAUUGGUUCCAAAGCUGUUCAGAAACCCAGAGAGGGAAAUACUCACCACCAACGAACGUCCUCAGAGGGCCUCCUUUCGGAGGAUCAACCUUCUUGGCUCGAUGAUCUCCUUGAUGAACCUGAAACACCUGUACGCAGGGGAGGGCAUCGGCGUUCAUCAAGCGACUCUUUCGCAUAUGUAGACACGUUUAACGUUUCAAACAUUGAUUAUGCAGCUCAGGAUGAUUACAAAUAUAAUAAUAUGAUCACUGCGCCCUCUUGGGGUUCUCAAGACUUUGAUCAUCAUAAAGAUUUGCGACAUGCUUCGUUCUAUGCAGAAAUGAACAUGGCAAAACAGAAGAAUAGAGCGUGGGACCCUUCUUUAGGCAUUGUAAAUAACCUAAGUGGCCUUCCUAGUGUCAAGGACAACAUCGUUCGUCAGGGUUCAGGUGCUUUUUGCAUGCCCCAGGAAGCAGAUGGCCUUCCAUCUACGGCAAGUGAAAAACAUGAUGUAGUUGAAACUGGUUCACAUGAUCCAAAACUGUAUGAGAAAAAGGAUAGUUCUACUACGAAGCCCUCUUCAUCAGAGACAGAUACCAAACGUGCUAAACAGCAAUUUGCACAACGUUCACGGGUCCGUAAACUUCAGUACAUAGCUGAACUGGAAAGAAAUGUACAAGCUUUACAGGCAGAAGGGACUGAAGUUUCAGCAGAGCUUGAAUUUCUCAACCAGCAGAAUCUUAUACUAAGCAUGGAGAACAAAGCUCUUAAGCAGCGCUUAGAAAGCUUGGCGCAGGAGCAACUUAUUAAACACUUGGAGCAUGAAGUCCUGGAGAGGGAGAUUGGCAGGCUAAGAGCCUUGUAUCAGCAGCCACAGCAGCCAUCCUCUAGCCAUAGGCGCAGUAACAGCAGAGACCUUGAUUCUCAGUUCUCAAAUCUCUCUUUGAAACACAAGGAUGGAAAUGCAGGUCGUGAUUCUGUGACGGGUGAACUUCGUAUUUAAAUGUAGGCCCAUCACGGUCAACUUCUCUCCUUUGAUUGACAUUGGAACAUCUAACCAUAAUUGUUGUUUCCCUUGUGAGGGAUAAAGCUGAGCUUGCCUAGCUUGCUGCCCUCUUUUUCUGCUAUUUUGUGCGUUUUGAAUUUGACUGUUUCACGCUCUUUUCGGUUACCUUACUAUCUUCAUGUGCACCUGGUAGUCGCUGCCCGAGACUUGUUCAAUAUCAGGCAGGCAACUUACCGGAGGUGGUAACUCAGAACAGCUUCCAGUCUAUGUUGUAUGUUUAAGUAAUCAUUAUUGAUAAAUUCAUAAAUGUUGUAUGCUCCAUUUUUUUUCCUUAUUCACCGGAAAAUGUCCUAGUGGGAGGAUUCUUAGAGCUCUUGGAUGCACUUCAUUUGUAGUGCAUACAUUUGUCUACUUGUAAACUGUGUUUUAAUGAAAUACCUUUGUGUUUUUACUCGGCAAAAAAAAAAAAAAAAAAAAAGGAAUUAUUUAUUCCUCCCAGGACCCAGACUUAGCUUAGCUAGCUGUCUACUUUGAUCUUGUGGGCCUGUGGCGACGAGCCGACUCUACUGCUGUUUUUCUUUUAUGUUUGUAGCAAAUAAAUUUGAC